AUGCCUUUGAGCUCCGGAAGAGUCUAUACCUAUGAUACGCUCGCAUCUGAGACCAUUGUCAGAAUCGACUCCUUCUCGCCCCCUGUUCAAAACAAUGGACAGGAAUGCCCCAUGGGCCAGAGGGAUCUAUACGGACUUCUCCUCGAGCACUGUGAGAAGGACGCAAUCUUGAACAAGCUCUACCAUGAGAUAACCGAUAUCCCGGACUGGGUGGAUUGGGAGCAGAUAGAACGAGGACAACGAGUCAUCAAACGGUACCAUGGGCAAGCUAUUCUUGGUGUAAGCUACGUAGUCCACAGUAUCGCCAUCGUCAGAAUUGACAAGCAUACGCAGCUUCUCCUCAACUCCCUACUCGGGGGCAUGCCAGCCUGGCGUGUCGUCGAACCCCUAGCCCGCACCGGCGGCUUCGGCGUCAACGUGACUCGCCGUCGACUCCUCGAGACCUCACAGCACUUUAUCGAAUGUAUCGAGUCUCUCGAUGUCGUCAAGCCCGGCGGCAGUGGCUACGUUUCCUCCGUCCGCGUGCGUCUGCUUCACGCCACGGUCCGCUGUCGUAUCAUACAGCUGGCCAAGGAAAGGCCGGGAUACUACGACACUACGAAAUGGGGUGUGUCUAUCUACGACUUGCACCAAAACGGCACCAUUGACGCGCACUCGACCGCGCUAGUGUACCUCUCACUGACCAGAUAG